AUGCUUCGAUUUAAAAUUUCCCCCAUUAUUACUCUCAAUGCUCGCAACUUUGCCACUAAGUCUUAUCAGAACGCAGUCUCCCUUUACCUAGAGAGAGCAAGGCUCAUAGAUAAGAUACGUAUCAUUCUCCGUUCUAAUUCCCAAAACUCACUUGCGUCAAUCUUGAAUCAUCCUUCUCUCGACACUUUUGUAGUCGCAAAUGCCCUAAAUUCAGCUCCAUCACCACACUCUGCGCUUUCCUUAAUCGAAACCCUAAAAACUAUCCCUCAUUUCACUCAUAACCAAAACACCCUUCACGCUUUAGCCAAAAUCCUUGCGAAAUCCGGCCAAAUUGGAAAGCUGAAAGCCCUUGUAAAUGGCAUAAACUCAGGAAAGUUCAGGAAUGUUGCUCGUGUAAGCUUUAUGGAUCAAAUGAAGCUGUACGCAUCUGCAAACGACCUUGAAUCUGUUCUUUCUGUGUGGCAUGAAUGGAAACUCUCCCAAAAACCCCCAAAUGUUGAAUCUUACAACAUCAUCAUGUCACUUUGUGCACAAACAGGUAAAGACUAUGAAGCUGUUAAGACUUUUAGUAGAAUGAUUGAUGAAGGACAAAUUCCUAAUUGUAGAACUUACACUGUAAUCAUCGAGCACCUUGUGAAAUCUGGAAACUUGAAUCCAGCAAUGGAAAUAUUUACCAUUUUGCCAUCGAUGAAGGUUAAAGUAAAACGAACGUUAAGGCAAUACAUGAUUUUAGUGGAAGCAUUCUGUGGGAUCAAUCAGUUUGAUGUGGUGAAAACUUUGCUUGAUGAAAUGCAGGUUGAUGGAAUUUUGCCUACCCGAAGGGUACUUUCGUCAUUACAAAAAAUGCACGAUGCAGGAUUUGUGGAAGAGACAUUGGAGUUAAUCAAAGAAAUGUCACCUGAUGAAAGGAUUCAAAACGUGACAUUAUCCGAUGACAAUGAUGAUGAUGUUGAUGAUGAGGAUGUGGAUAAAGUCAAAGUCAAAUUCAAACUAAGACCAUGGUUUGACCCAAGAAUUUUAGCUUCUUCUUUACGUUUUUGGAGGUCUGAAGAAGUGUCAACAUUGGAAAAUGCAAAAUUCAUUUGGACAACACAUCUUAUUUCAAAGAUGAUUAGGAGCUUCACUUCUGCUGACUCAGCAUGGGAGUUUUUCAAUUGGGUUGCUAAUCAAAAAGGCUUCACUCAUGAUGCUCACACCAUAUCCAAGAUAAUUACCAAAUUAGCCCUCGAAGGGCGUGUUGAUUUUGUUCAACAACUCAUUCCAAAAAUCAAAAGUGAAAAUAUUCAAUUAUCUUGCAACACUGUGAAAACAGUUAUUGAUUACUAUGGAAUUUCACACAAUGGUGAAGCAGCUCUUAGAAUCUUUCAAGAUUUAAAUACCCUUUGUGGGAAUUUGUCAAAAAAGUCUCUUUUGUCCCUAUACUCAUCUCUCUUGACAACAUUAGGGAAAUGUAAGAUGGGUUGUGAGGUUUUGGAUACAUUAGAUGAGAUGAUUUUAUCAGGGGUAGUUCCGGAAAUUCAAACUUUUUGUAAACUAAUGCAUUGGUUUGGAGUUGAGGGGGAUGUUAAAACGGUUCAGAGGUUGUUUUGGAUGGUUAAGCAAAGUGGAUUACAACCAGAUAGUGAUAUGUUUAAGAUUUUAAUUUGUGUUUAUUGCAAAUUAAAUAGAGUUGCUUUGGGUUUUAGAGCUUUUGAAGAUAUGAAAAGUUAUGAUUUGAUGUUUGAUGUUUCUACAAAGAGUUUGCUUGUGAAGAGUUUAUGGAAAGAAGGAAAGUUGAGGGAGGCUGCAUAUGUAGAAGAAGAAAGUAUAGAGAUGAAUGAUGAUUUAAUGAGUGUGGAUCUUCAAAGAGUUUAUGGAGUUUAUUAUGAUAGUUUUUCAAUAACUAAUGAUAAAAAAGAUCUUUGUGAAAUUGAGAGUUUGAAUACAUGA